AUGCGUCUCUUUCCAAGCAAAUGCUAUCCCGACCCCUGCAAGAAUAUAAAAUUCGACCCUGCACAUGCUGACUCCGUAUGCGGAGAUGUACGACUCGGGCCUGUUGUCCUACCACGUCGAUUCCCCGUGUCAAAUGAGCUCCGGACAUAUGCCAGGUUCGGCGGCUUGUGUCCAGAUGAGUUCAUUUUGAAAUGGACUGGCAACCUAGAUCCCACGGUGUGGUUCAAUUAUCCAGACGCCAAUGGGUUUACUAUCGAUACCAAUGGCAAUCCGAUAAUGGCCGAAACGAAUCUGACCGUGGGCCGAAAACUGGACCGGUUUGGGAAUCCAACUGGCAAGUUCCUGGCGCCGUUGGGAGCGCCGUACAUCGAGAGAUCAUUGCCGCCGCCAAACCUCGCCCCAGGGCCAUCUGGAAAAUACCCAGACAACUAUCAUGUAUACGAGGUGAUGCAGCAGUUUAAGGGCAGCCUGGGCCCAGUGGCCAGCUGGUUCGGUCAACCUGGGUUUGGCUCGCAGAUUCUCACAUAUAUUAGCGUCGGCGAGUUGGUCAAGCAGGGGUUCUUGCGAGAGUUGGAGGAGAGUGAAUUUGAUGAAGCGGUUGAAUAUUCCCAACCGGAUCUCGAGGGCCAGGAUGAACUGAACCAUGGCGAUGUAGCAUCCGCCUGCGGGAGAAAAGUUGUCGUCGUCAUGGGUGUAAACGAGAUUCGCACGGCGAUGCGAGUCGACCGCAAGAAGCCAGCGGCGGAGCAACCGGGAAUUCAUAACCGGUGGCACCCUGACAUUCCCGCCUGUGGCAGCAUCAAGAACGGCGAAACAGUAAAGAUUGAAUGCCUCGACUGGACCGGCGGCCAGAUCAAGAACAGCGAUUGCGCUGAUGAUGUUCGUGACGUCGACCUAACUCACGUCCACUACUUGAGUGGCCCAUUCGACGUGGAAACUGCAGAGCCUGGAGACGUGCUGGUCGUUGAGAUACAGGACGUCCAGCCAUUCCAAGACGAGCCAUGGGGGUUCACCGGAAUUUUUGCGGCAGAGAAUGGUGGAGGAUUCUUGUCUGAAUUCUACCCUGAGGCAGCAAAAGCGAUUUGGGACUUUGAAGGAAUCUUUUGCUCGUCGAGACAUAUUCCUGGCGUCCGAUUUGCAGGUCUAAUCCAUCCGGGGAUUCUUGGAUGUGCGCCAUCCACUGAAGUGCUGGCCGAAUGGAACAGGAGAGAAGGGGAGUUGAUCGCGAAGAAUGUAGGAGUAACAGUCGCCAAACCACCAGAUGCAACCAACGCCCACGCUGGAGGUGCAACUAGUGAGCUGAAGGCUAAGAUACAGAUGGAGGGAGCUCGAACGGUUCCUGGCCGGCCCGAGAAUGGUGGAAACUGUGAUAUCAAAAACCUCAGCCGUGGUAGCAAGGUAUACCUACCUGUGCACGUUAAGGGAGCCAAGUUCUCCGUGGGAGACCUUCACUUCUCCCAAGGAGAUGGCGAGAUCUCCUUCUGCGGCGCCAUCGAAAUGGCCGGAAUAAUCACGGUAAAGCUCAACGUGAUAAAGAAUGGCAUGGCCCAAAUGGCUAUGAAGUCGCCUAUCUUCCUACCAGGACCCGUGGAGCCUCAGUUUGGAGCAGGCCGAUACCUGACCUUUGAAGGAUUCAGUGUUGACCAUAACGGGAAACAGCACCAUCUGGAUGCCACUGUUGCGUAUCGGGAGACAUGUAGGAGGGUGAUUGAGUAUCUGCGUCGGUUUGGGUAUUCAGAUGAACAGGUCUAUCUUUUACUUAGCUGUGCGCCGGUUCAGGGACAUAUUGCUGGAUUGGUGGAUAUCCCCAACGCAUGUACGACUAUGGGAGUGCCCUUGGACAUUUUCGACUUUGAUAUUAGGCCGGAGGCCAUUCCGAAGAAGAGAGACAUGGGCAGCUGUGCGUUCACUAGCUCUCGCAAGGGUUAG